AAACAGAAUACAAGAUGGGAGUCAUAAAGGGUCAGUUUAACUUUGUGGAAAUUGUUAUCAAACCGCUGGAUAACCAAACCAACAUCGUCUGUUUAAAUAUCAAAGAUGAAUUGAAAGAAAUAUUAAUGAAUUCUAACCUUACUCCGAGGAUUAUAUCGGACAAGAAUCUUGCAACAUUGGUUCGCCAUAUGGCUUUACAUGUAAACAUGUCAUCUGUCAUUUAUCAAAGUCAAAAAACACCAACUGAUGCUUAUUGUUGUAACAGACUACAACGUCUACGACAACUAAAAAGAAUCAAGUCACGUAUUCCUACUGCAGAAACUGAAUCAUUAAUACACAAGAGAGAGACUUAUAGUAUUGUAGACUUUACAAAAUAUAUUAUUUAAUUAUAUCCUAUAUUCCCUGUUGCAGAAACUGAAUAUAGUUCACCAGUGUGCGUGAAGAUUUCAUCGUUAUAAAUUCUCCUUACUUUGUCACAACAUGGCAAAUUUGACCUAAAAUUUCCCCGACUUGUAAAUUUUCACAUUUAUGCUUGUAAUAUAAACUUAACUCAAAUAUCAAAUUUCUUGUUUGACCUAUAAUUUGAGUCUAGUAGACGUGCCCUCGUGUUUUGUUUCUUCUUCUGCGAAUAAAUUGGUUUCGUUUUGGAAAUCAUCUUUUGAAAAUAUUCCAACGCUUUGCAAGUUGAUAAAGUAUUGAGAGUUCAUCACGAAAAGUGCCGCGUUUGAAAUGGCUUACAUACUAACAAUAUGUUACAAUUUAUCAAUGACUAACGCUAGUAUCUUGACUAACGGUAGUAUCUUGACUAACGGUAGUAUCUUGAGUAAUGAAAGUACGACGUCAUCCACAAGUGAAUCUUGUCUACCGGAUGAUAAUUAUCGUCAUUGGUUCGUGAUUCCUGCUGUUGCAAUAUUGACAAUAUUAGCAUUUUUAAAUCGUCGUAAGAGCUUUAAGACUGAAAUGUUUAAAGGUCGUCCUGGUGUUGUGAUUCCGAUGGAUUUUCUGGACAGAAAUUGUAACACAAUUGUAACUUUAUUUGGAGCAAUAACUGGUUCUAUUUUGUUGCUUGUACUGAAAGUUUUUGAUUCUCACGACAAUCCUUGGGCUAAAGCCUUCCUGACCAUUUUAGUUUGUAUUGAGAUUGCUUUUCUCUUUCAUCCAAUCUUUGGAUGUUUGGCUUCACAUUAUCGUAUUAUUGGAUCAUUGUUAGGCUUUAGUUACAGUCUGUCGUUCUUCUUGGUUGAAAAUAUUCAAAAUUUUGAAUCUUAUCAAAAGUGCAAGGGCUAUACUCUUCCUCGUAUAUUGGAAGACAUUCCAUUGUUUCUUUGUCAAUUAUUUAUUAUUGGCAAAUUUUUGAUCGUGCUGUUUAAAGAGAAAAAGAAUUUUGGUCAACUAUUCUAUGAUGAGACCAAAGAUACUUCUAUCAAUGUAAAACUUUCAUUGCCAUGGUUCAAUGAUUAUGUCAAAAAUAUUUUUUAUCCAAGAAAAACACCUGACCAUUCGAAAGUUUUAUUAUAUUUAAGGAAGAUCUACAAUCCUCAUAAAUGUAGGAAUGAUUUUACUCAAGUCAAGAAAAACAAUUAA